GAGGAACACACGAGGAAUAUGAUUUGAAAUCUUCUCUCCAAAGGGCUGAAUCCAACUGCCGAAACCUCAUUUCGUCAUCAUGGCUUCAAUAUAUCUUCAUCCGCUUGGAGCACCAGUUCGUACCUUGAUACUAUGUUUUAUACUUUGGAAGAUCUCGCUUCUGCUCAUUGCAGCUUGUAGUCCAGGGCCAGGCUAUGACACAUCUACCAGUCUGUUACUGUCGAGUCUGCAUUCAAUCGGAAAAAAGAAGUUACCGUCGGUAGUGCAAUACCUCAUCGGCAAGUUGGUAAGAUGGGAUGCAAUUUACUUCGUACAUGCGUCAAAUCGCGGAUAUGUCUAUGAGCAAGAAUGGGCGUUUGGGUGGGGCUUUACCCGCGUGAUAAAAUUUAGUACUAUCGGACUUGAAUACCUUGGGGUACCCCGCUACGAUGGGCUGGAGGGACUGGUGGGGAUCUUGAUUGCUCAUGUCUCCCAUCUAUUUUCUACUCUUGUCCUGCACAGCCUGACCUUAACACUCUUCACAUCAGAGAGAUUUGCUUUGGUUACUGCUCUUCUGCACAUUAUAUCACCGGCUGGAAUAUUUCUGUCUGCUCCAUAUGCUGAGAGUUCUACUGCACUAUUGACCUUUUUGGGAGCAUUCAUUUUUGCGAAAAGUUUUGAGUCUGGAGAGAGCAACAGAACUUUAGGCCACGACCUUCUUAUCCUCAUUUCUGGCGUAGUAUUCGGACUUGCUACUACUUUCAGAAGUAAUGCAUUGCUCAAUGGACUUCUCCUGCUUGAGGAAGCAUUCAGAAUUCUUUUGAGUCUGAGUAAUGGGUUCAACAUAUUCGCCGUUCGCCGCCUCAUCAUCACUGGUUUGGGAGGCAUGUGUGUUGGGAUUGGCUUCCUCACACCACAGUAUAUCGCAUAUCAAGAGUAUUGUGGGGUAACGGACAUCGUGAAUCCAAGAAUAUGGUGUUCAAAUACCCUUCCAAGUAUAUAUGCUUUUGUGCAGGCCUUUUACUGGAAUAAUGGACCGUUCAAAUAUUGGACAGUUUCGAACAUACCUCUGUUUUUACUUGCCAUGCCUAUGAUGGUAAUCUUGGGAAUAUCUGGCAAUGAGGUAUUACGAGACUCUCACUUCCAACAAAUCCCAGUCACGCCUCGGAAAGAUGUUGACCCGCCAGUCAAUGGGAUCCGACAAGGCCAUAAAGUCCAGAUCGUCCGGAAUUUAGCGCUCUCACAGUUGCUUCUCACGGUGUACACGUUGAUAAGCGGUCAUGUUCAGAUUAUUACAAGGAUUUCAUCAUCUUCUCCUGUGUAUUUGUGGUAUAUGGCGGCUUCGGUUGGGAGAGGAAAGGGGCCAACAGUCACAAUGGUUGGGAGGUUUAUGAUAAUAUAUGCCGGCAUCCAGAGUGGUUUGUUCUCAUCAUUCUUACCUCCUGCAUGAUAUGGAAACAACAGUUGGGGAUUCGUAAAAGUUGGGGAUGAUGCUGGUAUUCUAUUGGUACAUAUCAAAUGGGGGAAAUGAUAGACGAAGUGACAAUUAAAACACUGGUAGGCUACUUAUGAGCUUUCUCCUUCCGUCCGUCAAAAACGAAAGAAAGAGAAAAACGGUAGUUAUACCAACGAGUAGGUGUUUAACAGUAGCCAAUCGGAAAGCUGCAUCCUUUUUAUCAUUGGCUAGUGAUCAGUAAAUUAUCCCCAAUUCGAUACUUGUUACAUUCUUUAGACCACCUCAAUAAUUAUAGAAUUAACCCA